AGUUUUCUCAUCCGUUCUGCAACAAAGAGAUUUCAGAGAGAAUUGAGAUGUACUAUCAGAAACGGGCUAAUAUCCAGAAUAGAGUAUCUGAGCCUGGAUUCUCGGUGGAAUAUUUGAAGAAAAUCAACAGUGCCCUCUUGACAACUAUUAUCUGGAACUGAGCCACAAAUACAGGAGCCCUCGGAAGUGUGUUGCUUUGAGCUGGAGAAAGGAUGGAUAGGGACAUCACAGCAUGCUUGAAGACGCAAAGGACACCACUCCACCUUUCCCAGAAGUAUCCAAACGCAAGAAGGAGAUAGCCUUCAAAAUUGGACGCAGGUUAUUUGAGGCAGCUGUUCAAAACCUAUCACGAGCGGACGGUCUGCUUUAUAUCAAUUCCUCCAUUUUGGCCCUGAGGGAUUCCAGCAGUUAUGGAUAUUCCAGAGCUUCUUAUGUUCUCGGUGUCAUCUUUGAAGUUGGGCUAGCUGUAUCUUCAGACCCAGCUCAGGGAUUGCUCUACAGCUUGGUCGCAGCUCAAGAAGGGGAUCGUCUUGCUCUGAUGAACCUGGGCUACAAGCACUAUCAAGGAAUGAGUAAUUACCCCCAGGAUCUUGAGGUCUCCUACGCUUACUAUAGCGACGUGGCUCUAAAGACGCCCCGUGAUCAACAGAACGGAGCAGAAGAUCAGGCGUUUGUCGAAGCCAUCCGGCUUCAGGAUGAGGCCUUGUUAAAAGUCCUGCCCAAAGAAAAUGGGGAUGUUUUCAUGUGGUUGAAGCAUGAAGCAGUAAGAGGGGAUUCAGCUGCACAGCAACGUUUAGGACAGAUGCUCUUCUGGGGCCAGCAAGGCGUAGAGAAAAAUCUAAAGGCAGCCGUGGAAUGGUAUGCACAGGGCGCCUUAGGGAAUGAAGACCCGGUCUCUUUAUUCGAUUAUUCCAUUGUGUUGUUCAAGGGUCAAGGGGUGAAAAGAAAUAAACGCCUUGCUUUGCGUCUGAUGAAAAAAGCUGCUUCAAAGGGCUUCCCCCAGGCAGUCAAUGGCCUUGGCUGGUAUUAUCACAAUUUUGAAAAAGAUUUUGUCAAAGCAGCCAAAUUUUGGCUUGAAGCUGAAGCCUUGGGUAGCCCAGAUGCCUCCUUCAAUCUCGGAGUUUUGCAUUUAGAUGGAGUGUAUCCAGGAGCUACAGGUAGAAAUCGGAAUAUGGCUGCUGGCUAUUUCUACAAAGCAGCAGAAAAGGGUCACCUGGAUGGGACUUUGCGCUGCUCCCAGUUUUACAUUGCAGGAAAUCUACCCGGCUUUCCCAGGGAUCCUGAAAAAGCGGUCCUAUGGGCAAAAUACGUGGCAGAGAAGAACGGCUAUUUAGGCCACGUCAUCCAAAAAGCACUCAAAGCAUACCUGCAAUUGUCCUGGAAUGAAGCUUUACUGUAUUACAUCCUUUCUGCGGAGACAGGAAUAGAGGUAUCGCAAACAAAUUUAGCACAUCUCUGUGAAGAGAAACCAGAUUUGUCAAGAAGAUACUUCGCCACUGACUGUGUUUGGAAGUACUACAAUUUCUCCAUUUCUCAAAGCAACGCUCCCUCGUUUGCUUACUUGAAAGUGGGAGAUUUUUACUAUUACGGUAAUCAGAACCAGACCAGAAAUUUGGGUAUGUCAGCACAUAUGUAUGCACAAGCAGCGUUGAAGGACGAUGCGCAGGGAUUCUUUAAUUUGGCUCUGCUUCUGGAAGAAGGUUAUUCUAUCCCAAGUUAUAUUUUAGAUCGUUUAAAGAUUGACAGCUCCGUCCACUCCAGAAAUAUGUCCCUCCGUGAAGAGCUUUAUGAAAGAUGCUGGAAUUACAGUAACCAAGACUCGGUCAGCCCCUGCACGUUAGCUUUGCUUUAUCUACGGCUGAGGAUUUUGUCCGACGACAUCCUCCAUUCUGACCUGAUUUACUAUUUGGGCUGCCUCUCUCCCUAUUUGUUGGUCGCUUUUGUCCUUUGGCGUUUCUGGUGUCUUUCAGCCAUCCCUCACCUAGAUAGUUCAGCGGUGGCUGAAGGAGGACCUCUUCCUACGGAUGAAGACCCAAACCAAAGCAGCAGACCAGCAGAACGUGGAGCGCCUCCUGACCCAAAUGGCUUGGAGGGGGAUUCCUUAAACCCCCAACGUCCCCGUUCAGGAAGUUGAAACACAUGGACGAGUUGUCUUCACAAACCCCUUCCUUUUCCAAGUGGUAGUAAAAUGUCCUCUUUUUCCUUUGGAUUUAUUUGGAGCGCCUGGUGAGGAAGCAUGCAUGAUCUACACCCAAGUCAACCUCCUUCCAAAUCAAGAGGAAGAUAAAGCAAUGGUUUUGAGAAAGAAGAUCAUUUCUGCAAAGCAUUUUGAACAUUCUCCAAUUUGCUACAUAGCGUGUCCGUGUUAAUAUUGGGAAGGGCCUGCUGCCAUGACUUCAACCACUUUUGACUGACAUAUGAAACCAUUCUUCUAAGACUUGUUUAUUCCUUGAUUUGAGUGCAUAAAGGAUCCCAUUAUUUACAUCCCUCUUCAGCUGGGGAUCAACGAAAGACCUUUAUUUGUUUUAUAUAAUUUUCAAAAAGGAACAAAAAAAAAAAA